UCCAUCCCUGAGACAUGUCCUGCUGUGACCAGUGCCAGCCAUGCCAGCCCUGUGGCCCAACCCCUCUGGCCAGCAGCUGCAAUGAGCCCUGUGUCAGGCAGUGCCAGAACUCCACCAUUGUCAUCCAGCCCUCUCCCGUGGUGGUGACCCUGCCCGGACCCAUCCUCAGCUCCUUCCCGCAGAACACCGCCGUCGGAUCCUCCACCUCCGCUGCUGUUGGCAGCAUCCUCAGCUCUGAGGGCGUGCCCAUCUCCUCUGGAGGCUUUGACCUCUCCUGCAUUUCCAACCGCUACUGUGGCAGAAGGUGCAACCCCUGCUGAAUGUGCUGGAUGAUGCCCCGGACAAAGACCACCAGAAAUGCUGAACAUGACUCUGGACCAAAGAAUAAAUGUUGUGAUGCUGUUUUUGCCCUGCAAGACACACAUGUAUUACAGGCCAGCCUAGAGCCUCUGACAACGUGGAGAAAGUCUACUGAUACUCUCUUGUACUCACUCUUCCUAUCUAAUAUCAUUCUUGUCUUUUCCCUUUAGAGAUCUCUGUUAGUACCCCAAAAAAUGAACCCUGACUGACCUGCUCAUCUCCCAAAAAUUCUGGGCUGGGAGACAGGGCUCUGUGCCAAUACUGUCAUAGGAUAGGGGAACUGAUUCCUGUCUGCUUUUGCUGCACGCUGCACACAGGGCCUCUGCUUGGGGUGGCAUAAUUUCUCUCGUCAGACUCAUUAAACAGUUUUUGCAUCCCUUAGUGUUUCCUUCUUUGUUGGUGUUUUUUUCCCCCCCCUACCUGUGUAGAAUUGACCAAAGGAAAAAUAAUGUCUUUGGUGAGAACAAGCUCCUCUCGUUUCUGGAGGUCAGUGCACACUGCAGACAUUUACUUUUCAAGCACUUUCUGUUGAAG